UCCCAUCCUUAGUUCAUUCAUAAAGAUCCGCAGUCCCUCUCCCGGCCAGCGCCAGGUCUUCUCACGGAUCCGACUUCAUGCCAGCAGCUGCAAAGGGGGGGACAGCCCCCUGCGAUAACUGGUUUGGGGGUGGGGGGAAGGCUUAGCUCACCCCACCCACCCUGAUUCAUCUUGAAAGGAGAUGCAGGGCAAAGCGAUACGAUGGCUGGGGUUCUUCGCCGCCCUGAUAGCUACGGGGGCCAACUGGGAAGCAGACCCCCUCUGCCCAGCCAAGUACAAAGUCAACUGUCUGCUCCGUCAACGUCUGGGCUGUGGGCCAGAAGGAGCACCUACCUGUGGCCCUUGCUUCCCCAACUAUGAGGAGGACUCUAGUGGAAACUGCGUGCAGAAGAAGGCUCCUAAGCAGGAAAGCAAAACAAAAGGCCAGAAGAAGCCCAAAGACCUGCUCGCUCUCAUCCUUUCCCUCCUAGCCAAGCAUGAGAAAGGGCUGAAGCCAUCAGACAUGGAGACCACUUGGCCUGGCAGCAUGGAGGGAUUUGAGCCACCCAGCUCCCCCACUUCCUUCCCCACCUCUUUCCCCCCAAACGCCUCCUACUCCGUGAGCGGCAGCCCAGCUUCUUCCGAGUCGUAUGAAGACACCCCAGUCUCAGCCACAACGCCCCCCACAAGAGUGAAAGUGGAUUUCAAGCAAAGGUCCCGACCUCCGGCUACAAGUCUGAACAAAGCGGUGUCGCUUACUCUCGUGGUGAUGUGCACAGUGACGGGGGUUUCCGGACUGGUAGUUGCUGCUAUGUGCUGGUACAGGCUACAGAAGGAAGUACACUUGACUCAGAAGAUGGCAUAUGCAGGCAGCCGGGGGAACCAAUACCGAUAUCAUCAGCCCAGCGCAUACAUGGACUCCCGACUAGCUCAGUCGUGCCAAGUUCACCACUAUCAACAUCAGAAGAAGCUUCUCACCACAACCAGUCAGGACAGAGAAGCCCCCAAACCAGUAGAGCAGCUCUCCACGGAGUCAGAGACUGAGAACGGAGAUUACACCGUGUACGAGUGUCCGGGACUGGCGCCGAGUGGAGAGAUGGAGAUCCACAAUCCACUCUUUGAUACCUCCACACUAAACCGAUGCCCUCCCUAAGUACAUAUCCUCUCUCUCUCUCUCCCCUUUCUCUUCUCAUCCACAUCUCCAACUCCUGGAUUAAUAGAUCCAGCUUCAGAUUCAUAAAAAACAACAACAACCCACUCCCAUUAGAUUGUCCACCUUUCCUCUUUAAGGAAAGGCAGCUAUGGUAUGACUCACCCAUCAGUCACACACACACACACACACACACACACACACACACCACCUUCAUCUUCUGGGAAUGGUUCAAAAGGGGGGAAACCGGCGUUAGGAUCUAUAUUUUUAGAAAAUAUAGAUCAUCUUCAAAUCCACAUCUAGAGUUUCUGGUAUUUCUCUCUUUGCUAGAAAACCCUUUUUUUUCAAGCUCUCCUAUCUACCUGGAAGCAUUUAGCCUAGAAAGCUGUGCAAGCCAGGGGCGAAACGAGGCUUUAUUUCACCCGGGUUAAAGACCCAUUUUGGCACACCCACACAUUUGCGUGCACACAGAAACUGAGAGCCUGAAAAGCUCCCCUCUGGAGGCUUCACCCUGGGCAAAAAAACCUGGCUAGCCCUCCUGUAGCUACGGCUCUGUGUAGCGCAUACUCUUAUUUGAGUUGAGGCCAUGGACGUCACUUCAUUUCUUUAUAGAGCGUACCAAUUGCUUUUUUCCCUUUACCCAACCCCAAGUGAUGUACAGUGUUAACAGGUCGCACUCAGCGGAACCCGAAGCAACAGCAUCAGAAUUGUUAUCACUGCCCAACGUAACAGUGGCAAACAUUACAGGAAAAGUAAGAGAAAAGGUAUACAGAGAAGACACCUGGUGGAUCUUCGUGGAGAGACUGUUCCCUACUUACGGUGCCACUACUGAAAAGGCCCUGCUCCAUAACCUUAGAUCUCAUCUCUGCGUGGACUAUAGAAUCCUGGGCUCAAGCUCCUUUCCCCAGAUGUGCAUGCGUGUCACCAUGUUUAUAUGACUACCUAAUUCCGUGUCUAUCAACGAUGUGGAAUCUGCACAUGUAAGAAGCUUGCACGACCUCUGCCUGACUUGGAAUUGCCUCUUGCUAUCGCCUUUCCCGCCUUCUGGUCUUGUGGCUGCCUACGCUCCAAAAGCCGAACAUGGGUUGGGAUCCGUGCACUGUAUGUAAUAGCGCUGUACCUGUGUCUCAGUCAAAUGUGUUGUUCUAUUUACUUCCUCUGCAGCAAGUGACCUGGCUCACUUGCUCGAGUCGCUUGUAGCCGCAACGGUGCUCAUUCGCAACCGCUCUCUGCUUGUGAGCUAUGUGGGUUGGGGGAGAACGGACAGGCAGGGUAUUGUGUUGACAAAUAACCACAACACAUAGCACCUUUGUACAGCGCUUUUCCCAGUGUGCUGAAAAGACUUCAGCUUUAUGCAUCCUUUUGGUAGCCUUAACCACAACCCUCCCGUGGAGUCCACCGUUACUAUCCCCAUUUUACAGAUCUGGGCUCUCAAAGGUAGAGAGAGAGGUGAGCUUGCCUAAGAACACUCAAUGAUUUCAUGGCAGCACUAGUUGCCAUAUGUCUGGAAUUUCGUGGACAUAUCCAGAAUACUGCAGUUAGCAGCAGUGUCCAGUUGGAAACUGGCAAAUGUCUGGGAUAAUCUAGACAUAUGGCAACCCAAGUCUGCAGUGUCGUUUUUGCCAGUUUCCCAUUACAAUAGCUCGAAUAUCCUCAACACCUUUGGCCAAAAAAAGCUCAGCAACUUCCCUGUCUGGAUUUCCAUCGGCAACCCUAUCCUAGACCAGCCUACCUGGUGAUUUCCAGCUCUUUUGGACUACAACUCCCAUCUGUGCUGGCUGGGUCUGAUGGAAGUUGUAGUCCAAAACAUCUGGAGGGCACCAGGUUGGAAAAGGCUAGUCUAGAGCCACGCAAGUAUGUGGCUUUGCACAGUGGCUUCUAACCAACUGGGAGCCACAGUACAAGCCCCCAAAUGCAUGAGGACCUCCUGAAAUUCAACCAGCAAAUUCUGCUGGAUAUUCAGUCUUACUGCAUGACAGUAAUUGAGUCCUGCAAAAUACAGUGGUACCUCUAGUUACAAAAGUAAUUCGUUCCGGAGCUCCGUUCUUAACCUGAAACUGUUCUUAACUAGAGGCGGGUU